AAAUGUUCCGACAGCGCGAUUGUGAAAAUAGAUAAAUUAAGCUGGAACGCAACAGAACUGUUGAUAUUGCAGUUUCAUCAGCAAUAAUUUCAAAAUGAGUAGUGUAUUAUUUAUAAAUUCAAUUUAUAUUCAUUGUUAACUUAAGGAAGAACCUGACACUUUUAUAUUUGUCUUGUAUUACCGUAUAUACUCUUAAAACAAGAAGUUUUCGCUUAUCACUUAAAAAUGGAUGAAUUGAAGGAAGAAAACCUAAAGAAUGUCGACGUGUCUGAUUUUGUGGAGAAAACCGUUGUAGAUGAAGUGAAAGAGGAGCAAGAAGAAGAAGAGGAGGAUGAGGAGGCAUUGCCACAUUCUGAAUUUCUUGACAUCUUCGAGGAAGGAUUGGCUCUUAUUGUGCAGGACCCUUUACUGUGUGACCUGCCAAUUCAGGUCACAUUGGAGGAGGUGAACUCUCAGGUGGCUCUGGAAUACGGUCAGGCCAUGACUGUUCGCGUUUGUAAGGCUGAUGGAGAAGUCAUGCCUAUUGUGGUUGUGCAGUCUGCUACGGUUCUGGAUCUCAAGAAAGCCAUUCGCAGAUAUAUGGAGCUGAAACAACAGCGAGAGGGAGGUGUUAAGCACAUCAGCUGGAAAUACGUGUGGAGGACAUUUCAUCUGGUCUUCAACGGAGAGAAAUUAGAUGAUGACAAGAGAAAGCUGAAGGACUAUGGGAUCAGGAACAGAGAUGAAGUGACUUUUUUGAAGAAAUUGAAGAAAAAAUGAACGGGGACAAAUGCCAGUCCUCAUUUAUAGCUCUAAUUUGUAAAUAGUCAAGACAUUUAAAAGAAUAAUUCCUCCAAAAAUCAAAGGGAUAGUUCACCCAAAAAUUAAAAUUCUGUCAUAAUUUACUUACCCUUGAAUUGUUCCAAACCUGUAUGAAUUUCUUUCUUCUGUUGAACACAAAAUAUUUUA